AUAACAAACUGUUUUAUUCCAUUCUAGGUAUAUUCUCAAUACUGGGGUUUGCAACAUACUACUUUCCUGUAGAAGCUGAACUCUCCCCGCCCUUUACCAGCGAGCUAUCCCACAGUGCAGUGCGUCUCUACUGGAUCAUGGAUCAGAAUGACAAUGACUUACAAGGCACGGAUGGCUCGGGCAGUUUGGGGGGCCCAGAUGUGCGCAGACGAAUCCCCAUCAAACUAAUAUCCAAACAGCCCAUCAGAAUCAAACCUGCCCCCCGGAGCCAGAGGCCCAUGAGCCGGUUGCCGUCAAAACCGUCUGCUGGGGAUGAAGAGAACUUCGGCUUUAAGCAAGGAGAGGAGAGGUUUGACUGUGGUACCAAAGCUGGUGAUGUGUUUGCUAGUCAGCGUAGGUUCCCCCAGCAAAUGUUUUGGGACUAUAAGUUGAACUUAAUUGGUGAAAAGGAUGAUGUUCCUGCUCACUUCUGUGACAAAUGUGGUCUCCCUGUAAGGAUAUAUGGACGGAUGAUCCCAUGCAAACAUGUGUUUUGCUACGAUUGUGCGUUACUUCAUGAGAAAAAGGGAGACAAGAUGUGUCCAGGUCUUAACAUGUACAGCUGCACAGACCCCGUCCAGCGCAUCGAGCAGUGUCUGCGAGGCUCCCUCUACAUGUGCAGCAUCGUGCAGGGCUGCAAACGCACCUACCUGUCCCAGCGGGACCUGCAGGCCCACGUUAACCACCGCCACAUGCGAGCGGCCAAGUCCGGGGGCGGCCGCCCCGAGCCGGUGCAUCUGCCCCCGGCCUCCGAGGUGCCCGACCGCUUCCGCGUGCCUCCGCCCCACCUGCCCAAGGCCCACGUUCACCUCCCUCCCCCGCUCCACGACCCCUACGGUCAGCCGCCGCCUGCCUCCCACGAUGCCCCGCCCCCUUCCUCCGGAGACAUGGGCGCCCGAGCCCUUGGCCAGGAGACGUUCCGCAUCGCCACGGUGACCACGCGCAAACACAGUAACCUCAUCACUGUGCCCAUCCAGGACGACUCUGGCUCCUCCUCCUCCUCUAGAGAUGCCCUUCCACCUGGGCCCGGCUCGGCUCCCCCUCCCCACCACCACCCUGGGGACUACCCAGGCCAGCCUGUAGUGUCCCACCCACACCACAUGAUGGCACCCCCGCAGCAGCAUUAUGGCCCUCCUCCUCCUCCCCCACCUCCCAUCAACCACCCAAUGCAACACCCUCCACAGGGUUCCGGAACACCCCACAUGGUUUAUAAUCAGGCCCCUCCUCCACCCAUGUCCUCUGCGCCCCCUCCCAUCACCCCUCCUCCGGGACAUAUUAUGGGUCAGAUGCCCCCCUACAUGAACCACCCUCCCCCAGGCCCCCCACCUCAACACGGGGGUCCUCCCGUCAAUGCCCCUCCACCCCACCACUACAACCCUAACUCCAUGCAGCAGUUCCCUGAGGACCAGGGAACCAUGAGCCCUCCUUUCAACCAGCCAGGAGGGCUCAGUCCUGGGAUGUGGCCUGCCCCGAGGGGGCCCCCUCCCCCACGGAUGCAAGGUCCCCCUCAGGGUCAGAUGCCUGGACCUCACCACCCUGAUCAGUCCCGCUACCGGCCAUACUAUCAGUAGACUCCUCUCAAGGAGAACAGUGCUGCACUAGGUUUCCCUGUUGCUUUUCCCUUUUGUAAUCAACGUGGUCGUGAACCUCAGGGUUGAUUUAUGACACUUUCAGUGCAAACAAGGAAUGAGACCAGUCUAUUCUGUGAAAUGUAUGUUGUGUUCUUUUGAAAUACUUGUGCUUAACUCUUAGUCAGUUUGGACUGAACAUACAUUUUUCUAUCUGACAAGUGUGCUUUCCAUCGAUUUCAUGUAAAUGUUAGUUUUAAGAAUUCAAAAUAAAUUUUUAACAAAGUUAAA